CGCCAAAUGGAUUUCAAACUGGAGUCGAAUGAGACUGAGAGGCGACGCCAUAGCUGAGACUACCUCCCAAGAUCUCGUCCCAUCCUCCGCUAAUCUACCAAAUUUUAAGCUUAACUCCAACCCUAAAGUAAGCUGAGAAGUACUACUAUCCUACUGCGUCGAAAUUUCCGGCAAAUUUUGACAAGAAAGUGGAAAAAUAGGCGAGUAAAAUACCCCAGGUUUGACAGGUCAGAGUUGACGAGUUGGGACAAAGGGACGAUUUCCAGCAACAUGCCGAGAGGACCUUCCCCUGGCUCCCGUCGCUCUGUGGCGGCGGCACAGAAAAAGAUCUCAGGCUCUCAGUACUUUAUUUUAUCGUCUGGUAUCACCAGUCCACUCCAGACCGCAGAAUAUUUCGUCAGCGGGUCCUCGGACGUCAAGGUCCGGGCGACCCCGCAACAAGGUACCGCCCAGCAAAGCUUCACCACCCCCAGCAAUGGCUUCGGCGACAAAGGUCCCAGACCAGCUCUAGGAAGACCUCCGGCUAAGAGAAAGCUGGAGUUAGAUGGAGGUAUCCUGGACGACACUUUCAAGUCUCCUACUAAGAGUACCAAGAAGAGAGGCAGUCCAAAAGCCAAGUCACCCCUGGAGAAGACGAGAUACGACACAUCGCUGGGUCUCCUGACCAAGAAGUUUGUCGGCCUCCUUGGGAGUUCUCCCGACGGCAUCGUAGACUUGAACCAGGCAGCUGAGGUAUUAAAUGUACAGAAGAGAAGAAUUUAUGACAUCACAAAUGUGCUGGAAGGCAUCAACCUGAUAAAGAAGAAGUCGAAGAACCAUAUAGAAUGGAGAGGUUCUCCCAUCACACCCAAUGGCCCUGCAAGAGUGGCCACACCUGCGGUCAUGGACUUACACUCAGACCUUGCCGAUCUAGAAGCCAAGGAGAAUCUGUUGGAUGAGCUUAUACGACACUCGAGCACCCAGCUCAAACAUCUUACAGAGGACUCAGAGAAUAAGAAGCAUGCGUACGUUACGUACCAGGACAUCCGCAGUAUCAAGACCUUCGAGGAGCAGACGGUCAUCGCUAUCAAGGCUCCACCAGAGACAAGACUGGAGGUCCCGGACCCUAGAGAGAGCAUUCAGAUCUGGUUGAAGAGCAGCAAAGGUCCCAUCGAGGUGUACCUGUGUCCUGAGGAACAGAACACAGAGGAUGCUGGGAGUUCUUCCUCCGACGCGGCCAGCUCGGAGGGCUGCAGCUCUACCAGCGGUUCCCCUUGUAGCGUAAAAGGUGACCCCAGGCUGGAGUCGGCACUGGUUGAGAACGAGGAAAUCGACCCCUCGCAGGAAAUGGCGCGGAGCCUCCUCCCACAGACCGAAGACCAGGACCAGGAGAUCCAAGACUUCGUCGCUCUCUCCCCUCCACUCAUGGAGGACGACUAUCUCUUCAGCCUCUCGCCCGGCGAAGGAAUCUCGGAUUUGUUCGACGCGUACGAUCUUUUCAGCGACGACAAUUAGAGACUUUUCUUAGUCCACCUCUUCAGUCUCUCGCCUGGCGAAGGAAUGACGCAUACGAUCUUUUCAGCGACGACAACUAGAGACUUAUCUUAUUCAAUCUCUUCAGCUUAUAACCCGGCGAAGGAAUCUCAGAUCUAUUUGACGGGUACGAUCUUUUCAGCGACAACAACUUCUUAUUACAUCCUUCUAAAUCAUCUCCCCUCCACUCAUAGAGAACGAUUUUCUCUUCAGCCUCUCGCCCGGCAAAGGAAUCUCGGAUUUGUUCAACGCGUACGAUCUUUUCAGCGAUGACAACUAGAGACGUUUCUUAUUCCAUCUCUUCAGCCUUUCAUCCGGCGAAGGAAUCUCCGAUUUGUUCGACGCGUACGACCUUUUCAGCAACGACAACUAGACUCUUCAGCCUCUUGCCCGGCGAAGGAAUCUCCGAUUUGUUUGACGCAUACGAUCUUUUCAGCGACGACAACUAGAGACUUUUCUUAGUCCACCUCUUCAGCCUCUUGCCCGGCGAAGGAAUCUCCGAUCUAUUCAACGUGUACAAACUUUUCAGCGACGAUAAUGAAACACUUCUCUUAGUCCAUGCUUCUAAAUCAUCUCCCCUCACAGAGGACGACUAUCUCUUCAGCCUCUCGCCCGGCGAAGGAAUCUCCGAGCUAUAUGACACAUACGAUCUUUUCAGCGACAACAACUAAAGACUCUUCUUAUUCCAUCAUUCUAAAUCGUUUAAUUUCUUGAAAACUGUAUGUAUUUUAGUGAUUUUAGUAUUUUUUUGGUUUUCAGAUGUCCUCAGAUGUUGAUGUUUAACAACAUAAAACUUUGUAUAGAAGUUGAAACAUCUGUAUAUAUAGAGUGUAGGAUAAGUCAGACACUCUGUGCAUAUAUAUACGAGCUUAUUACAUAUGACUAUAUGUAUGUAUCUUUCCACAUAUUUAAGGAUGAGCCAAAUUGUGUCUUAUCAUGAACCAAGAAGUGCGAAAGAAAAAUCAUGAGGUCUUAUGGGCCUUAUAUCUUACAAUUUUUGUUUUAGUUGAACAGACUUUUAUGGAAACUUUUUGAUUCUGCCCUUAUAUGUAGGUACAGUUUGUAAAGUGAUUAUCUUGUACAUUCCUGAAGGGCAAUGCAAAUUUAAGGCAUUGUUGCGAUGAAGCAUUUUUCAAUGAGGAAAAUAUUGUUCAACAUACUUUGAAAUCAAUCCUACAUAAACAAGAUGUGAUGUUGUCAUUGCCUUUACAUUUAGCAAGUAAGGAGGUCAAAUGUAUCUUAAGAAAAUGAUGAAAAUAUAGGGUGACAAAAAAAAAGGCAAGACAGAGUUGAUUUUAUUUUAUUUUUAUCAAAGGGACCAAAUAUAAAAUGCUGUAUGUUGAAAAGUUCACAGUGCUUGCAUAUACUCUUGGUUCAUGUAAUUAUGAAAAAGGCAUUCUACAGAAAGUGUGGCUACAUAUCAAAAACAUAAUCUCAGUUUGCUGUGCAUUUCAUUAUGUAAUGAUAAGAAUUUUGGGGCUAAUUUUAGAAAGACUACAUCAUUUGUUUUUGCGGAUAUGUAUGUUGUGUCGAAGGGAGAUUUUGGUAUCGUAUGAGAUACAGGAAACUAGACAUACUUGUACAAAUGUAUUGGUUUGAAGAUAUUAAUAAAGGAACUAAAUUUUUAAAGA